GUACAUUGCGUUGCCACCCCUCUUAUUAAUUGGUCGAUAUUAUAACCCGAGGAGCCCCGAUACAAUCCUCGGCUAAAUUCGUUUCGACGCCGUGUAGCACCUAGCCGUAGGUAUAUUAUUGUGUGGCUUGCUUCUCUGCAUCGCGGGAGAAAAUUUACAGACUUCAAGAAAAUGGCAGACAUCAGCAAGGAAGAACUUGAAAAAGAGAUCGCAAAGAUCCUUGAAAAUGCAAACCUGGCCAACACAUCAUCCAAGAAGGUGCGCCAGAAGCUGGAGAAGAGCUUCGACUGUGACCUGAGUGACAAGAGGAAGCUCAUAGACCAGCUGGUCAUGGACUAUGUUAAUAGCAAGGAAGAUGAUGGCUCCGCAGAGGAAGAGGAGGAAGAAGAAGAAGAGGAAAAGAAACCCGCAAAGCGAGCACCGCCCAAGGCCAAAAAGCGCAAGGAGGCCUCUGAAGAUGACGGCUCCGGCAGCGACUCUGAUGAGAAACCAGCUCCAAAGAAGAAGGGCCGCAAGAAGAAGGGAUCCGAUGAUGAUGAUGACUGGGGCAAGAAGAAAGAGAAGGCGCCUAAGGCUAAAAAGGCUGGCGGUCGCGGUAAAGGCGGCGGUUACACCCGCGCCUACAAGCUGUCCCCCGCGCUCUCGGACCUCAUGGGCGAGGAGGAGAUGGCGCGUCACGAGGUCGUCAAGCGUGUGUGGGCCAUGAUCAAGGAGAAGAACCUGUAUGACCCUAAUAACAAGCAGUUUGCCAUCUGCGAUGACGCUUUAUACAAGGUAAUCGGAACAAAACGCUUCAGAACUUUUGGAAUGAUGAAAUAUUUGAAGACUCACUUCUUGGAUGAGUAAUGUAAGUUUAAUAAAAGUGUAUCAAGGAUAUGAUCACACUCAUCCACCUUUUUACAGAGUGAUAAAAUUCAAAAACGUGUGGCAAAACUUUAAAGUUGGCAAAAUUUAUACAACCAAAUAAAAUAAGGGCCAGUAUCUUUCACUAGUUGGAAACUUGUAUUCGGGUUUUCACACGUGAAUCGUACAGUUUUUAUUGAUUCCAUAUUUGUAAUUGUUUUUUGUAAAUUUUGGUUUUGUAUUGCUUGUAAAAAUUUACAUGUAAAAGUGCCCCUGUGGCCUAUUUGCUGAAUAAAUGUUUGAUGUUUGAUGAGUCAAAGUCAAAACCAAUUAUCUACAUAUUUUCUAAAGAUCGAGUCUUGAUGAUUAUUUAAAAGUAUUUUUUUAAUGGAUGAGUGUGUCAUUCCUUGUUGGCAAAAAUGAUUCCUAAAAAUGCCAUUAAGUCAUUUAGUUCUUUAUGCAUUUAUCAUUUAAUUUGAUAAAUAUAAUGUCACGUUUACAAUGAUCCAAAAAUCGAUUUAAAAAAAUUGUUUGUGGAUCAAUGUGAACGCGCCCUUAGAUUUAUUCGACAUUUGCCAAAUGUCAUUGUUGCUUUUUUUUUAACUUUUUGACAGCUAAGUUUAAUUAUAAGUUAAUCCAUUAAAGAAAUUACAGACGUAAAAUCUGUUGUGAAUUUUGAUUCAAAUAUUCAUUAUAGUUUGUGCCAUCCACAUAGACGCGCCCCACUUUUCAACUCCUUCCGCUUGUAAUAUUAGUUGUACAUUGAGAAAUAUACCUUUUGUUCGUCGCGACACUCGUGACAUCUAGUGUCAAGUAGCGGUACUGAUAAAUCCGGUACUUGAAGCUAGAUAAUGACUACGAAAAUAAGCAGUAUUUCGGAUAGAAGAAUCUUGAGGGGAUUAGUCAUCUAUGUAUUAUUAGUCUAUGCCACGGCAGGCUUUGCCGCGGUUACCGACAGCCACACAAAGAUAAUUAUAUAUAUGCUAAUAUAUAAAUAUAAAGAAGAAUUAGCAGAAAUAAAAAAACAGAAGAACAAGAAAAAAGAAAAGAGGCAGCAGCAAGAAAUGUUAACCUUUUGGACGCCAAAGACUGAUAUAUCGGCACCGCAGGUCCAACGCCAAAGACCGAUUAAUCCGUCAUAGACCACAGAGCAACAUAGACCUACGUGCAUGUGCAUAAAGUCACUUCUAGUUUUGACACUUCGGUGACGCGGCGUCCGAGUGACAGCUUUUGUGUUUGACACGGCGUCGGAAAAGGUUAAGGCAGAAGCAGUUAGAAAAAAAAGAGAACAACAAGAUAAAGCAGAGCAGAGAUUGAGAAAAGUUUAACUGAACAACAUAAAAAAUCACAACCAAUGUUUUAUUCUCAAACCAACUACAAUUACUUUCGAUAAUUAAAAAGCUUUUUAGAUCAAUAUGGAAAACCAAUAUAAAGAUCUUGAAAAUGUAAGUAUGAAAAAGUUCAGAACUUGACUGCCAGAAAGCUGUAAACACUCCAGUCAAUGCAAUAUCUUCCGUAAGUGGAAUGCACAUGAAAGACAAAUGUGACAAACUUGCUAAGUUUCUGAGAGGGGAGCAAGUGCAAGUUUUAGAUACUUAUGGCACAUCAUCCUCAGGAGUCAGGACUCCAUAACUGCUUUCUUGGCAAAGAAGAUAGACAAAUAGAUUUGCUAGUAUCUAGUAAUCCAGAGCAUAGACUAACUAAUGAUACUAGACUGCCAAUUCCCUUUACAUGCUUGUAACCAAAACGCUGCUUGUUUUCGCAGUCGAUAUCAGAAUGUAGCGUCAAUUAACAGAAGUGAUAAAUCCGAUAUUUGACACUAGAUGUCACAAGUGUCGCCUACUUGGUGCCAAUGUUCCUACCUCAAAAGGAAUUACAAACAAAAAGAUUUCUACCUGUCUAGAGGCUACACAUCAAUGAUGAAGGUGUAGUAAAAAAGUACUUUAUACAGAAUGUCUGGUAUAUUUAAGAUAUGAUUUGCAAUUUAAAUUGCUAAAACGCCUUGAUUUGUGAAUGCUCCCAAUCCUCAUCGCCCUCGGUUUGGUUGGCAAUGGCUGGAUCCUUUGUCAGCCUAAAACCUGUCCCAGACAUAAUUGCAAUAUCAAUUCAUGAUUUCUUCAAUGUUUGUAGUGCUGAAUUUCAUAAGCUAUAUGGGAAGCAAUUUGUUAAAGUAAUAAGACUGAUAAGCUCGGAAUAUCUUGCAAUACUGGAGAAUAUAGAUGAAGGAGGCCCAAAGACCAGAGUAACAGUGUUCUUCAAUUAGUAUUAGUAAUAGGAAACAUCAGUGCAAUAAUGGAUCUAUGCAAAACAGGGGUGCUCACUGACAAGAUGUUGAAACAGGCUGAAGGUUUAGCUCUAAAUAUUGACAAUAUUAGGAAGAAAAUGUUUGAGGAAUAGGGAGAAAUAAAAAAACAGGAGUUCAAGAAGCAAAAAGUGGAGGCAAAUCAGCACGAAAUUUAAGGAGAAGUGAACAAAGAAAUGUGAAGGCAGUAGCAGUUAGCGUAGAACCGAUUAUAGUACAUUUAAUAUUAUGUUUUCAAAUUAUAUCUAUCAGAAAUAUAUCUAUCAAAAACCAACCUCAACCAACCAACCUCGAUUUGCUACAACUAUGUAGGUGGUGCGCUGACGUGCCCAAAAUGUGCUCGAGUAUUUAGCAAGAAGAUAAGAAUGAUACGUGAGCCACCUAAGGGCGCACCAGAGAGCGGAUCAGCUACACGCUAAUAACGCGAAUUAAAAAUUGCCUACUCCAGAGCACACAGUCGCUGUGGCCGAAAUCGGUCAGGAGAGCAUCAUCAUCACAAAUAUAUUGAUGAGUUGAAUACAAGCGUCUUCGUGGAUGACAAACUAUAAAAUAUUACGCAAUUAUGAUGAUAAAUCUUUAGGUCUAACAUGUAAAAAACACAAGUAAAUUUUAGAUUUGGCUAAGAAAUUUCUGUGAUAUCUUUUAAUGGAUUUUAUUGUAAAAUGUUAAUAGAUUUAAGACAGCAAUUUUAAGCUACAUCUGUAAGAAAUAUGCAUUUAAUUCUACAUUGACAUAAUACAUUAUUAUAACAGACAUUUGCUAAUGUAAAUAUUCAUUAAUUUGAAAAAAAUGCCAUUACACAUUUUCGUAGCGCUACACUCGUAGCCGAUCCCAGCGUUUUCCCGCUUUGUAGAGGAAAGCGAAUACGAACAGAGAAUCCGCCGAACAGGUUCCCAUCACUCGAUUGUGUUAAUCGAUUUCUAGAAUGAUCUUAGAUCUUAUUAUAUAUGGUAGAAAUAAUAAGUAAUUCAUUAUUUUAAAAAAUGACAUUAAUUGAUUUCUAGAAAUGAUCUAAGAUCUUAUACUUUAAAUAUAAAAAGUAUGUUACAUCAUUUAGAACAUGGUUCAAAAUUGUAUGGCAGAAAAUCGUACAAUAAGAGUAUGACCUUAUGUUGUUGUAAGACUAAAAUGGUCUUUUUGCUUAUAUGACCCCAUAUUUUACAAUAAUACAGUACAUAGUAAUUAUGUACAAAUCUGUGGCAACCAAAUAUUCAUAUAUGCAAUAAGUUUCUCACAGUAGAAACCAGUACUAGUUGGAAAAUAAACCUUAUUUUAAUUGAACUAAGGUCAAAUGUAUAGAACAGAGCAAGAUUGAGCCCUUAGCCCUCAUUCUCGCGAGCGCUUCUUCAACGCGCGUUAAAAAAGCGCUUGAAUCUGCCCGCACGCUAAAUUCGACUUAAAGACCAAGGCUUAUAGUUGAGAAUCCAACAACGCUUGAUAAAGAGCGCUACCGCCAUCGUGUGAAUAAAUACACAUGUUUCCAGUGUCAUUCAAGCGCUUUUUUAACGCGCGUUGAAAAAGCGCUCGUGAUUAUGAGGCCUUAUGGAUAAAAAUAUGGGGAAAAGAGUAGCUACUAACUAAAAGAUACAUAAUACAAUGUGUAUUACAUUUACAAAGGGCCUAUAGUGUUGCCACACUUAACAUAAGUACCUAUUUUUGGAACAUCAUUACUGUUUAAGAUCAGAGAUAAAUAAAUAACACAGACUGCUUCUCUAACAUUUCGUUCCUCGAAAUGUUUUUUGUAUAGCGUUUUGACUCUUGCUUAUACUCGGUGGCUAAAAAAUAAGUGCAUUCCCGUUGCCAGGGAGGUUUUGGGAUUAUAUCUACUAAGCAACUUUUACUAUGGGAACAACCCCGAAAUCGCAAAAAAAAUAUUGGCUGAUUCAUACAUUUUGGCUGGUCCAUUUUCUAUGAGGGUAUUUUUUUUCCCUGGCAACGGGAAUGCACUUAUUUUUUAGCCACCCUGUAUAGUUUGAUUAGUUUGGCAAGCCAUUUCCGGCAGUAGAGAGAGGCGGCAAAUUUAAAGAAUGUUGUACGGUUGUCUUCCCAUACAAAAUUUGACUCGCGCCUUUUUCCACAAACAAAGUGGGUUUGCCAGAGUAUAUUUCAAUGUCAACGGUAGAAAUGAAGGGAACUAGCAUUCUGUAUUAUUUAUCGGUCUCUGGUAAAUAUUAUGUAAUUGUAAUGAAUAAGCCAGUUGCAAACAGGUUUGUGAAUCUAGUUCGCUAGAUAGAGUAUAAUUAUGCUCUUUUUGGGACGAGUUUGACGGAAAUAAAGUGUAUAAA